AAACGAUAUUCGUAUAAAUCCGAAAGUAUUUAUCAAACAAAUAUGGCGACAGAAGUGCAAACGCAGGCCGCUCCAACAGCUUCAAAUCCGGCUGAAGAUGAUGAGACUUGGUUAUAUGGUGAGGAGAGCAAAGAAAAAGACAAAGCACAUGAACCAUCAAGCGAGACUGGGGGAAGCAGUGCUGUGAAGGAGAAUAAAAAAGAUGACAGGGAAGCUGGAGAACUGAGUGGUGAAGAAGAAUCCCAAGGAAAGGGCAAUGAUGAUGACGAUGAUUCUGAUGAUGAUGUACAGGUUACCAUUGGUGACAUUCAGGCUUUUCCACUCGGAGAUGGUUCGAGGAGUCUCUUUAAAGCCCCAGGCUACCAGAAAACGGGAGCAGGUACCACAGGCAAAGGAGGCGUGGCAGCGGGACCACAGAAGGGGGUGGAUGUAGAGGGGGUAGGAACAAUUAAUGGAAUCCCAGCAUAUGAUUUUGAUCUGGAAACCUUACAGGCUGAUGAAAAACCAUGGAGAAAACCAGGUGCUGAUAUCACAGACUACUUUAAUUAUGGUUUUAAUGAAGACACUUGGCAGCAGUAUUGUGAGAAACAAAGGAGGCUAAGGGGAGAGAACCAGGGAUCCAGAUCAUAUACUCAUGGGUCAUCUGGAAUAAAAAAAGAUAUGACAGAGACGCCUCAGAAUGUACCCGUGCUGUCGGGGAGAAAGGCCAUUGUGUCUGUACCUCGUAAAACCUCAGGCACAAUAGACGUAAUCGGCGGCACAGCUCGAGAUUCCAGGAGACCUGAGGGAGAACCCAUUCAAGUGGCAGGGAAGUACCCCAGUGCAGUGCCCCCACACCCUCCUCCAGGAAUGGACUUCAGCAUCCCCCCACCGGGAAUGGCCCCACCUGGAGUACCCCCACCUGGAAUGCCAGUACCACCAGGAGUUCCUCCCCCUGGUAUACCAGGAAUCCCUCCGCCCGGUUUCCCAGACUUUGAUCCAUUCUUCCCACCACCUGGCCAGCCAACCAACACUCGCUACGAGGACCGACCCCCAUAUAACUAUGACAGUCAGCACACAUCUUACCCGACAUCAUAUCCAGACACACACUCCUCCUCCUGGGACAGGACAGAGACCUACUGGAGGGAAUAUGUGGGGAGGGACCGAAGUCCAGCCAGAUCCGAGUCGGAGUUCAGCAGUUCCGGUAGUGAGCGUGACUACAGAUACCGAGAGACACCUCGCAGCAGUCGAUACGAUAGAGAGAGAGAUUCCUAUAGAAGAGACAGGGAUUCCGAAAGAACACGGGAUCGAGACCGAGACAGAUCAAGAGAACGAGAUAGAGAUCGUGACCGCGACAGAAGACAUAGAGAUGACAAACAUAAAUCACGCAGGAAGGACAAAGAAGAAGACUCAAGUAGAUCAAAACACAAAAAGAGUAAGCGGUCCCGGCGUGAUAAAGAAGAAGAGUCUGGGAACACAGGAUCCGAAUCAACCAGCAAGGCGGACUAGGCAAUCGUUCAUACCAUUCUCAUGUCUCUUACAGUCAUUAAAACUUCAUGUACUCAAA